CCACAGAUGCUGCUCGACCGGCUCGAGUUUCUCCGGCUAAUUGAUUUUUACUUGCUAAAGUGUCGGUUUACUAGCCUGUACCUGUUUCUAGAGCAACACAAACAAAACACGUUUGUUCCCGAUGCAGAAUCGUUUCCAAGAAACCCAAUUCCGCGCCUUUGUCGAUCCCCUGUGUCGGAGAUUGCCAGCUGCUCCCCAGGUCAGCCCUGUGUCGGAGACAAGGGCGAUGAAACUGCCAGGGCGCCUUCCCCGCUUCGCCCCCUCUCCCCCGGUCGAAGAGCUGCGGCGGAGGGAGAAGGCUUUCCUGCUGGACUGCGUGGCCGUGAGCUCCAUCUCCAGGGAACACAGCCGUUCAGCGCCGCGAGCGGGAAGCGUCAUCCCUCCGUACAACCCGCAAAGGGAUCCGCACUCGGCCGCCUAUUUUAGGACCAGACCUCUCCUCCCACUGUUGAAAAAGACCGGCCAGGUGGCCGAUGGGACCUCGGUCCACGGCGUGGUGGUCGAUCGAUUCCAGCUUUCCGGAGCUGCUGCCUGUUACCUGCGAGAAAGAAACAAAAACGGAGCAGAAUCCACGAGGAGUCUCUCUAUCACAGGUCACUCGGCAGAUCAAGUGAAAGGUCAUUCUCUCUUUCUCACUGAAAUUAAACCAGUAUUUGGAUACAACGGUCUCUAUGGCUACAGGAGAAACACACCGACGCUGCGAAGACUCCCGUCGUCUUUCGGUGUAACCACCCCAUCGCCCAUUCAUUGAACGUAACGCAGUCGCCACUCCGUCCUCUGCUCGAGCUUGGGUCUUCGCCAGUACCACUUUGUUUGGAGUUUCGGUCUCAUUAGUGCUUGGCUAGCUCUCGUUGAUAGGUGGUUGUUCCCGGUCUAAACCGCGAAUAGAUGAAACCGCCAGCAUCUCUCUCAAUAUUCACACAAGCCGUUGCUACAUAGUAUUUCUUUGUCAUUUUUGCCGAAAUCUACCAAAUAUUUCUUUUAAAAAUGUGUAGUUGAAAUGAGACUGAAACAAGUACAUGUUAAACUGCAAUUGGAAAUGUCUACAAAGAUUGUCUGUGUACAAUUUCAAUUGCAAUGUUACGUGUGCGAAUCCAGUGCUUGAUUCUUGGCCAUGCCUGCCUUUGCCAGAGUACUCGAACUCUUUUGGAAGUAUACUUGCAAUCGAACCGAAGACUGUCGAACUCCUUACUAACUGCAAAGCUAAUGUUUAGCAUUUCUUUGAUGUUUAUGCAAUAAUGGUUGUAAAACAAAAUUAAAAAUGGAUGCCAGUAUUUUUCUGUCUUCGCGUUACCUGUGCUGGGAAGCAGUUAAAGUCGAGGCAAAGGAAACAUGCCGCACAGAUUUGUGAGGUUUAACAACGAAGGUCCACAAGGUAUAGUUACAAUUUUACCAAUGCCGAUUAUAAUUAAUUAUUGCAUCCGUUUCCUAUGUAUGCACUCAAAUUCAUUGUAAGUAUACGCUUCCAACAGCAUGCUUCUUUCUAUGAGUGUGUGCGUGCAUUUGUGUGUGUUUUUUGAAGGAUGAGAACCGCUGGGUGUCAAGGACAACUCCCACUUCUUUACAGUAGUGUCACGUCCUUUUUUAAAUCAAAAAGACUACCUACUGAACUAAUGCACAGUAUGUAUUUAAAAAAACUCAACGCUGCUGUCAGUCUAUACUGUUGUGCUUAUAGUUGGACUUGAAGCCACAAGCUUGAGUUCUUAUUGAAAGUCCUAGUACAUAAACUACGACUGCCACAGCAGAGGGUCAUGAGACCACAGCGAUGUAUCCUCUACUUAUAAGUUAGGGGAAAAUUAUAUAUAGCGUCCAAUAUAAGUCUCUGCUGAAGAGGGAAGGGUUUUAUCUGACCCUAUUCCUUCAGAAAAGAUGAGACUACACAGGAAGGCUGGAGCAGAGAUUUACCUCUGAGGAUAGACUGGUCCACAGGAAACCAUGCCAGAUAAUCUAGAGCUGAUGGGCAAUGGGAAUUGUAGCUGGAGUCAAUAGGAUGGACUUAUUUCUAUGGUGGGAGUGUCAGAAAACGAGGAACAUAGAUUUUAAAGUACUUAAGUAUUAGAGUGGAAUACGAGAUGUUUUUUCUUCAGGUAGAGAAUAAUACAGCACAACCCCUCAUCACAUGUAAGCAGUUUUUGUGAUGAACUUAAAAAGCUGUUUAACUGUAGGGCUACACAAAUAAUGCUGGAACUUGGGGAUAGCUUCAUUUCAAUACAUGAA